UCUUUUCCUCCGUUCGUUUUUGUCAUUAGCUUGCCAUCACCAAAAAAAAAAAAAAAACGUAACUUUCUGUAACUAUUAGGAUUACGAUAGUCUGGUAGCGUCUUUAAUAUGGCUUUUGUUUCACACAGCCAGAGAGAUACAAACGGGAGCUACACCUUCUCAAGUCGUCCCAGGCCUGUGGAGACCCGCUCCAAGUACAGAGAGGCUCCGUCUGAACAGACCCAGAUUAAUUAUGGAAACAUAAUGUAUGACCGCCGCGUAGUGAGAGGAAACACUUACGCCCAACACAUCAUACCAACUACAGCUCAACCAGACCUUGCCGAACUACAAAGACAACAAGAGAUCAGGAGGAGAGCCAUUGCUCGAAAAAGAGCGCAAGAGCAGUUCAAGCCGCAGACUCCAGAGGCCCUGCAGGGCAGAAAACAUAUUGAUGUGCAAACAGAUCUGUACCUGGAAGAAUUGAGCGAGGUCAUAGUGGCUCCAGAUAUUGAGUGUCAGACUGACGAUUUCCUGGACAGACCUGCAACUCCACUCUUCAUACCAGCCAAAUCUGGCAAAGAUGUUGAAACACAGAUUGAGGAGGGAGAGCUGUUUGAUUUUGACCGGGAGGUGCAGCCGCUGCUGGAGGUCCUGGUGGGGAAAACAAUUGAACAGUCUCUGGAGGAAGUGAUGGAGGAGGAGGAGCUGGCCUCUCUAAAGGCUCAGCAGAGGGCUUUCCAAGAGCUCAGGAAUAACGAGCUGGCAGAGGUGCAGCGGCUUCGGGAGCAGGAGAGGCGCCGCGGUGAGGAGAAGGAGCGCAGAAUGUCCCAGCAGAAGGAAGUGCUGAAAAGAGAAAGAGAGACUGCAGAGAAGAUCGCUGCCCGUGCAUACACCCAGCAGUACUUGGCUGACCUGUUUCCAGCAGUCUUCACCUCACUGAGGAGCCAUGGCUACUUUUACGACCCUGUGGAGAACGAUAUUAAGACAAAUUUCUUCCCGUGGCUGAUGGAUGAGAUUAACAACAGAUUGGACGAGAGAUACACGGCGAGAGAGCUGCUGGACACUAUCAUCCAUGAUGUCGUCCAGAAGAGACAGGAGGAGUGCGUUCAAGGAGACACAGCCAGCAAAAUCAGACAUGUAGAGACUUGAGUCAUUUAUUCUCAAAAAUAAAACAUGUUGCCAGGGCAGGGUUGCCAAGUAAAUCACAACACCUACAUAAACCGGUUGUUUAAAAAUGUUUAAGAAGAAAAAAAAAAAGAAGGAAAACUGCGAUUACAAGUCUUUAUUUUUCAAAUUUAAAUUAGUUUUUUUAUUCUAAUAUGUAUAUUUGAAUUUGUAAAAUCAAUGAAAUUCAAAUGCAGUUUUGUAGCAGUCAUUUUUCAGCACUUUGCACUUGU